AAGCUUAUGAAUAUUAAGGAAAGAACAGACAAACAUGAGCACAAUAACCAAUCCUGAUAUGUACAGUACAAGAUGUAUACUAUUGCUAUCACAAUUACUACAUAUAAACGGCAUAAAAGAUAGUUCGAAAUUAGAAUCUUGCAAUGAAGAUCUAAUCCAAGAUAUUCUAAGCCAAUGGAAAAAUCAUGCCAGUACAAAGUUAGAUCCAGAGUUGGAAAUCAAAGUCACUACUCGUGCUCAAUUACGGGAAUUGUAUGGGAAUUUGUUGCUGAAGUUUGAUGUAAGUGAUACUGUGGAAUUGGCUAACCAUGUGUAUUUCUUUAGAGUGGAUGAAUUACAGGCUGAUAUCGCCAAGUACAAACUGGAAUUCACGGAAAUAUUGAACGAAUAGAAAACUGCCACCUGUUGCUUGGCCAAGUGUGGAUUGUCUGGGCUCUACAAGAUCAACUUGGAAAUGUUGCAUUUUUUUUUCCUUGCUAGAGGCGAAGGUAGGCUCAGGGGAAACAAGUGUAGUCUUUCACUUGCAAGAUGUGCACAUGGGACUGUCCAUGGGGCUGUCAUCGGAAGCAGUGGUCUACAAUGCGCACACCAGAUGAUGUCAAAAGAGUCAGCUACGGAUCUGUCAAAUCAGAUUGUGAUUCGUUGUGGGUAGCCGGCUUCAGUCUGUUUUCUAUUGAAGUAUGGAUGUAAAUCUCGUUAGUGGAGCACCGAGGAGGGGUAGUCAUGGUUUACAUGUGAUAUUCAUUCGCUCAUUCAUUCAUUCGAUUAUGUCCAACUGCAUAAAUACGAUGUUAAAACUCUAAUAGUUAAAAUAGCAACUUUUAAUAGAUUAACAUUUUUUCUUAAGCUCUUC